UUCUGUUUUUGUUAGUCCAACAUGGCGCGUGGAGCGAUUUGAUAAUGUGGAGUGGGCUUUUACCUCCGGGGGUGACUGAGAGCGAUGUUUCAGACGAGGAGGAUGUGACGGGAGAACCGGUGUCUACGCAUGAUGGAACUAGUACCAAUAAAGCCCCAGAGAGCUCAGAGACCGAGCAGCACACGACUGUCUGUCCAGGAGGGGUUCCUGUCAGCUGCUGGAAUAAAUUUUUGGAUCUUCAAAAGAAAUGUAGUGAAAUAAAAUCAAUAUCUAGUAGAAAGGAAAAAAGAAAACGACGACGGAGAGGGAGAGGUCAACUGAAACAGGUUAAAGGUCCAGAGAAGAAUUCCAGCCCACCUACAGAGAAGGUCGCUGCCCUGGAUACGCUUCAGCAAUACUUUGGGAUAAAUGAUAGAUUUGAGCCUCCCGUGUGCACCAAAAUUCUUAAAAAGUCAAAACUUGAGGAAAGUAUAGACAAGGCGGUGGAGAAAGGAGAUAUCGUGUCAGCCGAGCAGCUGAGUGACAAGUUAGCAACACGGGAGAUGGCUGUAAAGAUUACCAAAGCAGUGUCUUGCCACAAAUAUGUAAGCGCCAAAGAAGAACAGGAGGCUUUACAAGAAAGUCAAAAAAAGCGGAAAAAACUUGCUUGGGGAUUUGAAGCCAAGCAAAGAUGGGAAACCAAAAGUAACAUGGGCUUCAUGUAAUAACCGGCUGAUGCUUGUAACAACCUGCCAGUUACAAACAACAUCCACCAGCGACUGAAGCACCUACCUGUUCCUGUUAAAGUCUAUUAUAGCAGGGCAUCGCCUCUUAUACCUGCAUCUGUGAAUGCAAAACAUAUAGAAGACAGCAAUAACUUUAGAUGAGGAUACGUCUGAGAUUGAUGUAUCGGAGAGCAGAAGAAAUUGUCUUGUAACCUGUAGAGCCAAGACUUUUUUUAUUGCAGUGGCCCCACAAACGGCUUGUUCUGUCAUCAUUCAGUGGCGGGUGUACUACUGGUCAGCAUGUACACUGAAGAGAGCAUAUCUGUACACUGUAUUGUAAAAUAUCUACAUACUAAAUAAAUGGUUUAAAAAGCA